GCCCGGACGGUUCCCUGGCCAGCAGCGUGGGGUUCCACGCUGCCCGAGUCCACCCGGCAUCUCGCCCCCCGAGAAGCCUUUCCCGUGACGGCUAGGCGAUGCCGGGCAGCCGGCAGCCCAGGGUCCGCUCCGGGAACGCGCCUCGCCCGGCGCUCGCCAUGGAGCCGGCGGGUGACGGGGCCUGGGCCCACAGCCGUGCUGCGCUCGACCGCCUGGAGAAGCUGCUGCGCUGCUCGCGCUGCACUAAUAUUCUGAGGGAACCUGUGUGUUUAGGAGGGUGUGAGCACAUCUUCUGUAGUGAUUGUGUAAGUGACUGCAUUGGAACUGGAUGUCCAGUGUGUUAUACCCCAGCUUGGAUACUAGAUGUCAAGAUAAACAGACAGUUGGACAGCAUGAUCCAGCUCUGUAGUAAGCUCCGGAACUUGCUACAUGACAAUAAGCUUUCAGAUUUGAAAGAAGAGACAUCUAGAACAAGUUUAUUUAAUGAUUUGGAAAACAAGAAGAAAUCAAUAAAAAUGUGGUUUAGUCCUCGAAGCAAGAAAGUCAGAUAUGUUGUGAGUAAAGUUUCAGUGCAAACCCAGCCUCAAAAAAUAAAAGAUGAAGCCCCUCAGCAAACCUCAAUGUAUGAAUUUGUUUCUUCAAGUCCUCCUGUAGUUGUUCCUAAGAGGGCUAAAAAGGCUUCUGCGACAUCUGCAAAGAAGCAAAAAAAGAAAACUUUAGCUGAAAUAAACCAACAAUGGAAUUUAGAGUCAGAAAAAGAAGCUGGUGAACUUGACUCCAAAGAGGAAUUUAAGGAAAAACUGGUAUCCUUCUGUAGCCAACCAUCGGUUAUCACUAGCCCACAGAUAAAUGGUGAAAUAGACUUACUAGCAAGUGGCUCUGGAACUGAAUCUGAAUGCUUUGGAAGCUUAACAGAGGUCUCUUUACCAUUGGCUGAGCAUAUCGAGUCUCCAGACCCUGAGAGGAAGAGUGAGAUGACUCCUGAGGAGAAGGUCCGUGACAGUGAUCUUAUAACUAAGGCAGCUUUACUGUCAGGUCCCCCUGUCAAACGUGGAUGUUGCAGCAGACCUUCUGGCUCUCUUUCUAAGAGAUGUAAAAGCAGCAUUCCAAGCAUCAGUGGAGAUUUUGUUAAGCAAACAGUGCUCUCAGAAAAUAUCCCAUUGCUUGACUGUUCCUCACCACCUUCUAGCAAACUUGAAGCUGAUGACACGAUGAAGAGGAGAAACAGUAAUAUAUCAGAUGACUCUAUUAGCCUUUCACCAUGUACACCACCGUCUACACUCAACUGUUCAAGUUAUAGACGAAUGAUGUUGAGCCCUUCUGCAGUGAAGCUGUCGCCCAGUAGCCUUAUGGUUGGGAAAAGAAACCAUAGAGGAGAAACUUUGCUUCAUAUUGCUUCUAUCAAGGGUGACGUUCCUUCUGUUGAAUACCUCUUGCAAAAUGGAAGUGACCCGAAUGUUAAAGACCAUGCUGGAUGGACACCAUUGCAUGAAGCCUGUAAUCAUGGGCACCUGAAGGUAGUGGAAUUGCUGCUCCAGCAUAAGGCAUUGGUGAACACCACUGGCUACCAGAAUGACUCGCCACUUCAUGAUGCUGCUAGGAAUGGGCACAUGGAUAUAGUCAGGUUGUUACUGUCCUAUGGAGCUUCCCGGAAUGCAGUUAACAUAUUUGGUCUGAGGCCUGUGGAUUAUACAGACAAUGAAAAUAUGAAAUCAUUAUUGCUGCUACCAGAGAAGAAUGUAUCAUCCUCAACUAGCCAUUGCUCGGUCGUGAACACUGGGCAGCGCAGAGAUGGACCGCUUGUGCUUAUAGGCAGUGGGCUUUCUUCAGAACAACAGAAAAUGCUCAGUGAACUUGCGGCAGUUCUUAAGGCUAAAAAAUGUGCUGAGUUUGACAGUACAGUAACUCAUGUCAUUGUUCCUGGUGACGAAGUUCAGAGUACUCUGAAGUGUAUGCUUGGAAUUCUCAAUGGUUGUUGGGUCCUAAAGUUUGAAUGGGUGAAAGCCUCUCUACAAAAGAAAGUAUGUGAAAGGGAAGAAAAGUAUGAAAUUCCUGAAGGCCCACAGAGAAGCAGGCUCAACAGAGAACAGCUGUUGCCAAAGUUGUUUGAUGGAUGCUACUUCUAUUUUGGGGGAACCUUCAAACAUCAUCCAAAGGACAACCUUAUUAAGCUUGUUACUGCAGCAGGGGGCCAGAUCCUCAGUAGAAAACCUAAGCCAGACAGUGACGUGACACAGACCAUCAAUACAGUUGCUUAUCAUGCCAAACCCGAUUCUGAUCAGCGCUUCUGCACACAGUAUAUCAUCUAUGAGGAUUUGUCUAAUUAUCGCCCAGAAAGGGUUCGUCAGGGCAAAGUCUGGAUGGCUCCUUCAAGCUGGUUUAUAGACUGUGUGAUGUCCUUUGAGUUACUUCCUCUUGACAGCUGAAUAUUAUACCAGAUGAACACUUCAAAUUGAAGCUGCACAGUUGUGUGAACCCAGCACUGUUUUUGAUCAUUCACAUUUUUACAGAUAGGUAGAGUCAUUCACUUUUUUUUUUUUUUUUUUUUGAAUUAAAAAAAAAAUUUAUGCCAGAUUAGGAAUUCACUCUGUGUUUAUCAUUUAGAUGCUAGGACCACUUUUAAAGAAUUUUUCUUUCAGGGCCUAGAGCUGUAACUCAGUAGCUCAGUAGUAGAGCAUUUGCCUAGCAUGCACAAGACCCUGGAUUUGACCCCCUAACAUUGAAAAAUAAAUUUUUUUUGUUUUCUUUUUGAAACUGGCCUGUUUAUUAAUGUGCUUCUACUCUAAUUAUCAGCUAUCAAAGAUCAGUGAGAGGCUAUGAUAACUGUUGGUUAAAUCUGUAAAUGAUAUCAUUAUACUCUCAGCCUUUUAGUACUCUUUGAUGCAAAAAGUCCACACCUGCCACCAGCAAAAAUACUUUUCAUCCUUUAUUAAGCAGAAUAUUGUGAAAUGAUUUUUUUUUUUUUUUUUUUUUGCAUUUAAAAGGUAGUUCCUGAUCUAAAUGUGCCAUCACAGGUGUUAAAUCCUCCUAUCUGCAAUUGUCUUCAUUUUAUAUUGUAUAUAUUUAGUUUCUUAAAAAUUUGGGGGCUUUUAUUCCUUCAUUUUUAUCCUUUUUUUGAUCUUGUAUAUUCAUCAGGAAAUCAUGAUUUGAACCAUAACAGCAUUGUCUUUUGUUAGUGAAAAUCAAUGUUACAUUUACUGUACGUAUUAUCAUCGUGUACAUUUGCUUAUUGUUAACUAUCAGUUUAUAACUGUUUAUUUGCUUUCUCUGUGUGCAUCUAUAUGUGUAUAGAGUAUAUUCUCUAACAUAUUUUAGUGUCAACAUUCCUUAAAAGGUGCCACCAGGGCUGGGAAUAUGGCUCAGUUGAUAGAGUGCUUGCUUCACAAGCACAAGGCCCUGGCUUCAGUUCCCAGCACGGCAAAAAAUUAAAAAAUAAAAAAAUAAAAGGUGCCACCAGUCUACAAAAUUGUCAGUCAGAUGUCGUUACCUUAGAUUAGAAGCAGUCUUUUUUCUAAUAGACCUUGCUAGGAUUGCUAAAAUAAUUUCUCGUGUUUUGUUGUUAUUUUUAUUUUUGUUUUGUCGGUCUGAGAAUUGAACCCAGGGCCUUGAGCAUGCUAGGCAAGUGCUCUACCAUUGAGAUACAUCCCCAAACCAGUCUAAAUAAAAAUUUUAGGUUGGUGUGUAGAUAGAAAUUACUUGAUUUAGAGUGGAUUUUUUUCCCCAGGUAAUACAAAAGGGUGUCGCAGUAAAUGUGGAGGUAGGAGUGAGAAGGAGUUGUUGCUGAUACCAAAACAGGUCUACAUAGUGGACAGGACCCCACUUGAGAAUGACUGAUCUGGGGAGUUUACCCUGUGUUGUCUGAAUGUUCUCGUUGUGUAUCAGGAGGACUAGAAUAGAUAAUUUUAAAACAUUUUUUAAGAAGCAGAAUCCUUGCCUGGUAGGGGGCACGCACCUGUAAUCCCAGCAACUCAGGGUACUGAGACGGUAGGAUCUCAAGCCAGCCCAGCCUGUGCAAUUUAGUGAGACCCUGUCUCAAAAGAAGAAGAAACAAGAUUCUUUAAUAAAUCUUACUUAGAAGUUGAAUGUACUUAAAAUAUUAUAGGCUUGGAGAAGGAGAUGCUAUGAGACCUGCCAGUUUGGUCCCUCACAAGCCACAGAGAACAGUUUGAUAACCAGUGGAAUAUAAUAUUCCUAAUUUUGAAAUACUGAAAGUCUGUGAGACUAAUCAGCAUUUUUCGAUCCACUUAUUUGAAACUUUGAGAUUCUGCUGAUCAUUUGAAGGUAUGUUUUACAUCAGUCCCUGUUUCAACAUAUUACUUUUUUUCAUGUUAACACGUGUUAAGUGAACAAAAUAAUAUUUUUCUGACUCUGACCUUGCAGGUGAAGUAGCUCUGAAGCUCUCUCUAUAGCCAUUAACGUGUUUGUUCCACACUUCAUUCUGAUGGAGAAUGAGGAACACUAAUGCACCAAGUGAAUCUGAGGGGUUUGAUAAUGUCUGGCCUAAAUAAUUAUGACUCUGGGAUUUGGUUGUCAUUUUUUAUUUAUAACUUAUUUUAAGUCACUUUCUGUUGCUUAUGGUCAUAGAUCACAUUCCCAGACAGCUUUGUCUGUUCCUUGUGUCUGAAUUCCUGUUUGCGAAAACACCUUGGGGGUUUCCUGCUCACAUUCCUCAUUCAUUGUCUUGGUUUAUUCCCUUUCCUCUGUUUUCUUUCUCCUCCACUAGUAAGUAGUAUUUUUUGGUUUCUUUCAGUAUUUUUCUUGACAGCAGUUGGUUUAUGUUAAGCCAUAAGGUUAUGUUAUGUUGAAACUUAGGGUUAUACUUUUUGUGUGGGCAUACUUGUAAUUAUUUUAAUUUUUCAAUCAUAGAUUCAAGCUUCCUUUUUAUUUACCAAAAAUCAUUAAAGUUAUUUGUG